AGGUAGAAAAUGAGCCUCAAUUAAAGUUAGAUAAUUCACCUUUAUCAAAGUGUUUAAAAAUUGACCAUAUUAAUGAAGAUUUUAAGAAUUUAUCAGAUGGUGAAAAUGAUUAUUUUAUAAAUGAUAAUUUUAAGGCUCAGUUAGAAGUAAAUAAUACUAUUACAAAGCUUGAUCAAAAAGAAAAAGUUAAAGAAAGUCAAAGAACUUCUUCACAUG